CUUUCUCUCUUUCUAGCACAAAUCCUGAGCCAUUUUGUCUUCCUCCUCCUCCUUCCUCCGGGGAAGUCGGGGAAAAAAUCGCCCAGGAUCCCUUCUCCGUUCCUCCCAAUCCCAAAAACCCUAAAAAAAAUUCUUCGAUUGGAUUCCGAUUAGUCGAUUCUUCGUCUACAAUCCACUCCCAAUUUUGACUCCCAUCUCCGAUUCAACUCCACCGUCUCCGAUUCACUGAUUCGGUCGUCGGAAAUGUCCUAUACUGCCUAGUAAGCUUCCUCGAGCUCACCCCGUUAGUCAACGAGCGCGCAAUUCAUCACUUGUUCGUCUUCCUACUCCAAUUCGCAGUCAUGGCUAUCCGGGUUACUUUCUCCUUCUCGGGCUAUGUCGCCCAAAACAUCGCCUCCUCCGCCGGUGCUCGCGCUGGGAGCUGCCGGACUUCUCUCACGGAGUGCUGGGUCCGGUCUCGGAUCUUCGCUACCCCGUCAAACCAGGGCGUCGAUUCCGACCGCCAGAAGUCCCGCCGCAGUUCCCAGCCGAGUCACCGGUCCUACAGCUCGUUGGUCGCCGAGGCGCUGGGGGAUAGCGCCUACUGUCCGAUCGCCGCUGGGUUGAUCUCGCUGGUGAAGUCAACGGCUGGCCUUUCUCCUUCUACCUCGUCGUCGUCGCUGUUUAAUAUCUCUCCGGUGAAACCCGCCUCGAUUCUCCCCUUUUUGCAAGGAUCGCGUUGGCUUCCCUGCAACGAGCCUCCUAUUUCCCCCAAGAGCCGUGAGGUGGAUAAAGGAGGAACGGUGCAGUGUGUGGGGAAUAAUACUACCACGAAGACUAGCGUGACAGUGGAGAUUACCGGUAAGGAUUUUGAUAAGGUUGGUAGCUGGUUGUCGCGGUUGUCGGAGGAUGCCAAGGCGGCGUUUACUGCCGCCACCGUCAGUUUGCUGUUCCGGUCGACUCUUGCUGAGCCUAGAUCGAUCCCGUCCACUUCUAUGUAUCCCACUCUGGAUGUGGGCGACCGUGUUUUAGCAGAGAAGGUUUCAUAUUUGUUCAGGAAGCCUGAAGUUUCAGAUAUAGUAAUAUUCAAGGCACCUCCAAUCUUGCAGGAAAUUGGUUAUAGUUCAGGCGAUGUUUUCAUCAAGAGAAUUGUGGCCAAGGCUGGUGACAUCGUUGAAGUUCGUGAGGGGAAAUUGUAUGUCAAUGGUGUUGCAAAAGAUGAAGAGUUUGUCAUGGAGCCACUUGAUUAUGAAAUGGAACCCAUGCUUGUGCCAGAAGGUUAUGUCUUUGUGUUGGGGGACAAUCGGAACAACAGCUUUGAUUCCCACAACUGGGGUCCACUGCCUGUCCAGAACAUUGUGGGUAGAUCCGUGUUUCGAUACUGGCCUCCAUCCAAAGUCUCUAACAUGAUAUAUGGUCCCCAAGCAGGGAAGAGUACUGAACAGCAAUGCCUUGUUGGCACUGCUUCUGCUGCAAAUUCUUGAAGCAGCUGUCUCUCUACGCGUCUAGAAAAGUGGAUCUCUCGAAUAACUUGGAAAAGAUCUUCCCAUCUAAUCGGGAAGCUGCAAAUGAUGUGUCAAACAAACUCAUUUGGCUCAAAAUCGGGCAUUACUAUCCCACCCGCUUGCCCUCAGUGUGUUGCUUAUGUUUAUGGGUGUUCCUUUUUUUUCAGUCUGUAUCCAUGCCCUAGUCAGGUUGAUUUUUGGCCGACGGUGCAUAUGUCUGAUAGUUUCCAAAAUGGUACAACAACAAACGAGUUGUUGGGAACAAUGUAAGGGCAAGCUGUAUCUAUGAUCAUUCAUUUGAUGUUUAUCACCCUGUGCUGGUGUUGUGGAAAGAGCAAGCAGUGACUACAGCCUACAAGUGCCGAGGAGGAGACUGGUCCAGACCCUCGUUGCGAACCCUAAACUCUGUUUAGGUGUGGCAGGAUCUCGAAGGAAGGGGUUUCGAAGACGGUGGGAAGAGUUUGUGAGGAAGAAGGAAGAGGAGAAAGACGAGGAUGAGUUUGUGAAAUGGAUUGUGCUGCUGCAUCAUCGUUCAUUCCUCUUGUUAAUUUGGUGGGAUUUGCAGGGUGUUGUAAUUGCAGGCUUGCUUCUCAGGGAACCAAAGCAAAUGAAUGAAUCAAUGCUUUCUUUUCUCCUUAUCAGUUUAUUUCCUUCUAUAUUCUUCAGAUGUUUUGAUUUUGUGGGUUUAGGAUGUGGUUCCAUGAGUUCGGAUGAAUGAGCGAGAUUAACGCUAGCUAACACUUUUAGAUCAACCUUC